GCCUCUUCGCUCCUCUGGCCUCAACAUACUCAACGCCCCGAAGCUCCAAGUCACAUUGACUAAUGAGCCUAAGUUGGUCCCUGCAGCCGAUGCGCCAGAUUUGGCCGCACACAAGAUAUUUACAGAUCACAUGGUCCGCGCACGAUGGUCUGCAGUAUCAGGGUGGGCGACACCGGAGAUAGUACCUCAUGGGCCUCUCGUACUGCAGCCAUCCGCGAGUGUCUUCAUUACGCCACAUCGUGUUUUGAAGCCAUGAAGGCCUACCGGGGUUAUAAUGGAAAGCUGCGUCUAUUCCGUCCUCGCCAUAACUGUGCUCGGAUGCUGGCAUCUGCCAUCAGGUUUUGUGGCUGUUUGGGUCUGAUGGCUAGGUCACAGAAGCUGGUUCAACGAACUUCUUUGUAGACUGGACAACAACAGAAGGACAAUCACAGAUGAUCACACCACCAUUGGACGAGCACACCAUUCUGCCCGGUGUUACAAGGCAGACCGUUCUCGAUAUGGCCCGU